CUUUCGAGACUUGUCCUUUUAAUAUCACUUUGUCCACACUGUCCGUCCUCCCGUGGAUCCAAGACCAUCCACCUCCACAUGAAAUUUGAAUCAAUCUACCGUCACUGAUCUUUUCCUUUUCUUUGACACUCUUUCCGUUAAAAUCACUAAUGGAAAAGGACCAGGAGACUACCCUCCCCCUCCAUAAAGAGGGUGCCAAGCAAGUUCUUCUAGAGGAUAGCGCCUAGUACUAAGAGUUGUAACAGAAGAGAAAAGUAGUACCAGGACUGCUGGAUUUUCUGAGAAAGGAAGGAUAUGGAGAAGCUAACAGAACUGAGCCACCUCCUUGUGACAGUAUUCCUCUCCAGCUUUGCAAGUUUAAUGGUGAUCCCGGCCAUAACCGAUGUCACCAUGGUAGCAGUUUGUCCUGGAAAAGAUGAGUGCUCUCUUGCGAUUUACCUCUCCGGGUUCCAGCAAGCUAUCAUCGGACUGGGGACAGUUGUGAUGAUGCCGCUAAUAGGAAAUCUAUCAGACCAGUAUGGAAGGAAAGCCUUGCUCACACUCCCUAUGACUCUCUCCAUUAUUCCUUUAGUUAUAUUGGCAUACAGUAGGACAACCAACUUCUUCUAUGCCUACUAUGUGCUCAGGACCCUCACAGCUAUGAUCUGUGAAGGCAGCAUCAACUGCCUUGCUCUUGCUUAUGUGGCAGACAACGUUUCAGAGAGACAGAGAACAUCAGCAUUUGGAAUUCUAUCUGGCAUAGCCACGGCCGCAUUUGUAUGUGGAACCUUAGCUGCUCGUUUCCUCUCCACUGCUUUAACGUUUCAGGUGGCUGCGUUGGUGUCAAUGCUUGCUGCUGUGUACAUGAGAAUUUUCCUCAAAGAGAGUCUACCAAAUGGCGAAAAUUUGACGCAGCCAAUCUUGAAGAGCGGACAGGAUGAUCACUGUCAAGAUGGUGAUUUAUCAGGGAAGGCGCCGGUAUUGAAGAAGAUCCCAUCAAUUCAGGAUAUCAUUGGCUUGCUGAAGAGCAGGGUAACAUUUUCGCAAGCAGCAGUUGUUGCAUUCUUCAAUAGUCUUGCAGAAGGUGGAAUGCAAGCUAGCAUCAUGUACUACUUGAAGGCUCGUUUUCACUUCAGCAAAAACCAUUAUGCUGAUCUGAUGCUACUUCUUGGCAUUGCGGGAAUGGCCUCACAGCUGGUUUUCAUGCCCUUGUUGGCACCACAUGUAGCAGAGGAAAAGCUGCUGGCAAUAGGGCUUUUAGGGGGCAUCGCAGAUGCAUUGCUUUACAGUGUAGCAUGGUCAAAUUGGGUCCCAUAUGCCACCACCAUUUUUGCGGUUUUUAUUGUUUGCGUGCCUCCAUGUUUACGCAGCAUCGCAUCGAAACAAGUAGGGCCAACUGAGCAGGGGAAGGCUCAAGGAUGCAUUUCAGGAAUAAUCUCCUUCGCAAACAUCAUCUCCCCCUUAAUCUUUAGUCCUCUGACAGCUUUAUUCCUGUCUGAAGAUGCACCAUUUCAUUUCCCUGGCUUCAGUAUUUUGUGCAUUGGAUUUGCAACGAUGAUUGCAUUCUUUCAGAGUGUUCUCAUGAGGGGUCCUCCCGUUUUUCACAAAAUCAGCAGCAACAGCUUGGUAGCCUAGACCUAGUUCAGAUCGAAAUGACCAAUUUAAGGUACAAGGAGGAAGCCUCUCUAAACCCUUCAUUUACCAUAAGGGUGAUCUUGCUAUUUGGAGAGACCCUCGUAAGAAAGAUUAGAACAGCCUUAAUGAAAUCUUCAGUAUUAUACGCGUAAUAGACACUUCAAUUCGCCUGCAAGUACCUGCCAGAAAUCUUUAUGCCACAGCCUUUUCCUACGAUGGGAGAUUAGAUUCUAAUGAAAAGAAUCUUCUUCAAUCACAAAGAAGCGCCAUCGUGUUUAACUAUCUAUAGCUGGGAAAAACUGCCAUGGCAGAGUGCAGGGGACAUGUUCUAUUUGUAAAAGAUUUUUUUUUUUUAAAAAAAAAUCAUGUCUGAACUGCAAUAUUUCCUGUUUCUGGUUGUAAUCAAGUUAAACCCAGCAGUUUUUAUAGAUUAUCAUUCUACGCUUGGCCAUGAA